AUGGCUGUAGGCACGCUUGCCGAUGCGCCCAAGGACCUUAUCAAUGAGAUCAAGCACCUUGAGCAGCUCUUUACCAUUGACAAGGCCAAGCUGAAGGAGAUCACCAAUCACUUUGUCAAUGAGCUUGCAAAGGGGCUGACCGUCGAGGGCGGCAGCAUUCCCAUGAACCCAACAUGGGUCAUGUCGCGACCGACCGGCCAUGAGACAGGCAGCUACCUGGCCCUGGAUAUGGGCGGCACCAACCUGCGCGUCUGCCAAGUCACCCUAACGGAGCAGAAAUCCGAGUUUGAUAUUAUCCAGUCGAAGUACCGUAUGCCGGAUGAGCUGAAGACGGGCGAGGCCGAGGAGCUUUGGGAGUACAUUGCCGACUGCCUGCAGCAGUUCAUCGAGACGCAUCACGGUGACGCGUCCAAGCUGGAUAAGCUCCCGCUUGGCUUUACCUUUUCGUAUCCCGCCACCCAGAACUACAUCGAUGAGGGCACCCUACAGCGCUGGACCAAGGGCUUUGACAUUGACGGUGUCGAAGGCCACAAUGUAGUGCCCAUGUUUGAAGCUGCCCUUGCACAGAGGGGGGUGCCCAUCAAGCUGACUGCCCUGAUCAACGACACGACGGGCACACUCAUUGCCUCGGCGUAUACCGACCCUAAGAUGAGAAUCGGUUGCAUCUUUGGCACGGGGUGCAACGCUGCCUACAUCGAGAACUGCGGUUCGAUCCCCAAGCUGGCCCACCUGAACCUGCCUGCCGACACCCCUAUGGCCAUCAACUGCGAGUGGGGUGCCUUUGACAACGAGCACAAGGUGCUGCCACGCACUCCUUACGACCUCGACAUUGACAAGGACUCUCCGCGCCCUGGUCAGCAGGCGUUUGAGAAGAUGAUCGCCGGUCUGUACCUCGGUGAAAUCUUCCGCUUGAUCUUGGUCGACCUGCACGACAACAAGGAGGUCAACAUCUUUGCCGGCCAGGACGUUUCCAAGCUCCGGAAGCCGUACUCCCUGGACUCGUCCUUCCUGUCGUCAAUUGAAGAGGACCCCUUUGAGAACCUCUCGGAAACGCUCGAUCUCUUCCAGAGCAAGCUGAACAUCAGCCCGAACCUCCCCGAGCUGGAGCUCAUCCGUCGCACUUCGGAGCUGAUCGGCACCCGCGCGGCCCGCCUGUCGGCGUGUGGUGUGGCUGCCAUCAGCAUCAAGAAGGAGUACGCCUCCUGCCACGUGGGCGCCGACGGCUCCGUGUUCAACAAGUACCCGCACUUUAAGGCCCGCGGCGCCCAGGCGCUCCGCGAGAUCCUCGACUGGCCCGAGAAGAGCGACCCCACGGAGGAGGAUCCCAUCGAGGUGCUAGCUGCGGAGGACGGUAGCGGUGUGGGAGCCGCGCUGAUUGCCGCGCUGACUCUGCAGCGUGUUAGGGAAGGCAACAUGCACGGCAUUCUCCACCCCGAGAACUUCAAGUAG